UCCCGGACUCUGCACAAACAUACGGCCACGAUUAGCUGACACUCCGCCCUUUUCCAACCUGCAAAUACGCUAAGCGGUCUCCGGGCAGGGGUAACAUUUCAGCCGCCGCUGCCUCUGCCGUGAGCUUCCCUUCCCCUGCUGAACUCUGCGUGAGAGUGAGGAGGUAAGAGCAGCACGUUUUCUUUAGCGGAGUCGUCUCUGUGGCGCGGAGCACUGACAUAUGGACACAGGUUGAACACGAGUACACUUGGGGAGCACUGGGUGAUGUAGACAGCCACGGGAGGGUUGUGGUGGACACUACUGUACAUCCCACCGUUGGACGCACGUUUCACCACGGACCGUAAACUUGAGGUUUAUUGAUUAGACACGGAUUAACUGGUUGUACCCUCGGGACAGGAGUGUUGUCCAGUGUAAUAGGAAGGACGGUGGGGUGGCUGACCCUCGGGCUAGGACAGACAGGAGCCGGUCUGUCUACACGACCUCUGGACACUCCUUACCGCCCUUCUAGAUUUCUUGCCUACCGGACGAAUUCCUAAAAGGAAAUUGUAAGGUCGGAAAGGUCAGGAGAGGGUAAAACCUUGCCCUUAAUCGUGCAGUUCACACGGAGCCCGGAGCUUAGAGGACUGACCAAGAAAUUAUCUCGACUGGCGCUGGCUGGUCGGCCUUGUAGAGAGGGGAACGCGCAGGCUAACCGGUAUCGCCGGAGGAGAAAGUGAUUGACAGCUGUACGUGUUGUCUGGAGAGGCGGAGACAAGGGGUACCGAUUUCUGCUUAGACAAGUGGAGACACCGAAAGUUCUGCGUCUGUUCGGCAGUACUGCUCCAGUGUACUUGCACUGGAAUCCGUACAAGAUACGGUGUAGCCAUCAGAGCAUGGUCUAGGACACUGAAGUUCGAAAGGAACAUUUAGGGGCAGGACAACUCGGGUUCCCCGGUGCUACUUCGUCUAUAUCAAUCGGGUUUAAUUUGGGGAUUUAGUCCCCCUGAUCGGUCAAAGUAUCAACAGGCGAGCCGCACCACUCCAAGCACAAGGACUGUGUCUGAAGUGUUGUUUAUCCUCUUGUGACUUGACUAAGCCCGUACAAGUGAGGUUGAGGCUGAGGAGUCCGUAGCUGACCGACAUGGCUUGUAUCGUGUGCCGUUCCUCCUCCACCAAAGUCCUGGCGCUGCUGCUGUGUGUUCUAGCCAGUUUUCACGUCGCCGUGGACGUUCACGAGGCGUGGACAAAAUUUCGCAGCAGAAAUAACCGCGACAUUCUAGGUGAAGAGUUGGGUCCAAAUGACUACCGCGACGGGAACGUGGGAUUUGUGUACAUCGACGGGAACUCGCCGGCUGGCAACGGACGGCGGCAGCUGCAGGCACGGCAGGAGGCCGUACCCAACCCCGAUGUAGCAGUGAGGCAUGCUCGGUCCAUUUCCGAGAGUUCUGUGGAGGAGAUCCCUCUCCAGCCGUGGGCAGACCAGGACAGGUCACUGCGGGCCGAGGUGGACAGGUUCUUCAACUUCAUCUCUUCUCCACAGAUCCCGUGCGAAGACCUGAGGCCAAUGCCGCCCUUCAACAGAAACCAGAACGAGGUGUCACCAUGGCGACUGUGUUAUGAGAGCCAUGGAGGAGCCCUAGGGAAUCCACAAGCGGAGGAAUGUGUGGUCUAUUCCUUCAGUCUGGAGAGGAAGGAUCCCUUCGCCCUGGCGGUAGCGCACACCGGCUGUGAGGUGCACGUGUUCGACCCGGACCUUCAGGGAGAAGAACAUCAACAGAUUGGAGAUGAGCUGUGGGUCCAUCGCGCUGCGCUGGACUGGCGGGACUCACAUCACGAGGGGGAGGGGGGCCGCUGGCACACCCGCAGGUUCACCUCACUCAUGCGGGAUUUGGGACACAGCACGGUUGACGUUGUACGGAUGGACUUGGAAGGUCUGGAGUGGAAAGUCCUGGAGGACAUGUUACUGGAAGGUGCCAUGUCCCGAAUCCAUCAGAUACUGGUGGAGGUGCAUCUGCACUGGAGUGGCUUUCAGGUGAUGGGAGAUCCCCCACAGGUGGUGCGGUACUGGUACAGCCUCCUCAACCAGCUGCACAACCAGAACUACCGACUGGUCGGUAUGUUCAACCACGACCUGGUCCCAGACAGAGAUUCCCUCACACCAGGAAAGAACAAAAUAAGAACAUUUAACCAGAAUUUUUACGAGGAAACAGAGAUGGAGAGUGUUGGUGGUGAUGUUGAAGUUCAAGGUCCUGGUAGACCAAAGACAAGGAUGUCUCCCAGCAGAUUUCUGCAGGAUACACGGAUGGAUGUUGGCUGUUGUCAUGUCUUAGUGUGGAUCAACACACACUGGGAGAACUCAUGAUGGUGAUGUCUAGUGAUUAACUGGGUAGGACUGUAGAGAAAAGAAGCUCAGAGUUUUUGUUAACUUUUGUACAGGCAGAAAAAAGAAUGAUUGGAUCUGUCUUAGUUAUAGUGGCAAUGCGCUGCUUAUCUACUUGAGACACUCAGUCAAUAUCUACAUGUACAGUCAAACCUGUAUUAGCGGCCACCUUUGCAUACCGGCCACCUGCCCAUAGUGGCCACUUUUUGUCGGUCCCUGGGAUUC